GCUACAGCAUCGUAAUGACGUAUUUUGUCUGCGCCCAACGGCGAGGCGACAUUCACGAAACGAUGGCGAGUGGUAAAAAGAGUGCACUUCUUUCUUCUCUGGCGGAUUAUGGAGACGAUUCGGAGCCCGACGACUCUGACCCCGAACCAGAAGAGAUGGAAGAGGAGCAUGAUGCCGCAGGAACAGGCGGGCUUGUGUUCGGCUACGGCGAAGAGGACCUCAAUCGAACGGAGGAUGUUGUUGAGAAGGAAUCUGAAAAUGAAGACAGCAGAGAGAGUAACUCGGUAUCAGAAGUCGAAACCAAGGAUCCAAAUGAACUCGUCGCUCUCUUCUCAGAGAAGGUGAGAAACAUGUCACCUGAUGAGAUCAGAAUCCCACCCGAGCCCCCGGGACGCUGCUCCAGCCAACUACAGGAGAAGAUCAACAAGCUGUAUGAAAGGAAGCUCCACGGAGAUUUUGACACCAAUAGCCACAUUCAGAAGAACAAAGAAUUCAGAAAUCCAAGCAUUUACGAGAAGCUCAUUCAGUUCUGCGGUAUCGACGAACUCGGCACCAACUACCCCAAAGAUAUGUUUGAUCCUCACGGCUGGUCAGAGGAGUCCUACUACGAAGCUCUCGCGAAAGCACAGAAAGUGGAAAUGGACAAGCUGGAAAAAGCCAAAAAGGAGCGGACCAAGAUCGAGUUUGUCACGGGUACAAAGAAGGGCACCAAUCAAUCCAACACAUCAGCGUCAACCACAAAUAGCAGCAGCACAACCAGUACAUCCACAGAUGCUCAGAAGAGGAAGAGCAAGUGGGACUCGGCCAUCCCCGUGACCGUAGCCCAAUCCACGCUCAUCACCACCACCACGGCCACCUUGCCGGCCGUCGUUUCCGUGACGACCACAGCCAGCGGCACCAAAACCACCGUCAUAUCGGCGGUGGGCACCAUCGGAAAGAAAACCAAACAGUGAGCCGGCGAUGGGAAGCCGGCGUGGCCCGAGUGGUCCCGCGCUCGUUACACACAUCAUGGCGAAGCGUAAAUGAGGGUAGGGGGGGACACGUGGACUGUUUAUUAGACUUGACUACCUUCUUUCUCUGGGAUUGUGAGUUGCAGUUUAUCGUGAGGACGGACGAAACGACUCAGCGCAACUCGUCAUUGUUUUGCUGCAAGUAAUUUUGGUUUUCGCUUGUUGGCGGCAGUGAGAUUAAAAAAAAGUGGAAUACGUGGCUUAAAUGUAAAUGAGAAAUGAGGCAUCGUGCCUCUUGUUGCAAAAAAGCAUUUUUGUGGACAUGACUUUUUUUUAUAAUAUUAUAUGUAAAUAUAUUUCAGGUGAAUAAAUGGAUCAGAUCUUGCCUUUUCAA